AUAAAGUCUAUAUAUUGCGCGAUCUUGAUCGAUGAUCAUGUUUUAAAAAUACAAAACAGGAGCGUUAGCGAACCAGCUAGCUAGCAAUCCUGGUUUAAUUAAUUUGUCACCAAUUAAGAAUGUGGCAUAUUGGUCUCUGCAUUGCAGCUUUGGUUGUGAUCAGCAUUACAUAUUGGGUAUACAAAUGGAGGAACCCUAAAUGUAAUGGCAACCUUCCUCCUGGUUCAAUGGGCUUGCCGCUAUUCGGUGAAAGCCUACAGUUUUUUGCGCCUAAUCGAAGAUGGGACACCCCUCCCUUUUUCAAGGAAAGAAUUGAAAGAUAUGGGACGAUAUUCCGCACCAGUUUGGUUGGGCUGCCGGUUAUAGUCUCGAGCGAUUCAGAGCUUAACCAAAUGGUGUUCCAACAAGAGGGUCAUUUGUUCCAACUUUGGUACCCAGAUAGCAUGACAAAGGUACUAGGGAAACAAAAUUUAGGUUCUUUGCAUGGGUACAUGCAUAAGUAUCUCAAGAACAUGGUACAAAAUCUAGUUGGUCAUGCAAGCCUUAAAAAGAUGAUUCUUGAAGUUGAAAGUGUGACAACAAGACAUAUAGAGAAGUGGGCCAAUCAAGAGACUGUAGAGUUGAGAACAGCGACAGCAGAUAUGAUAUUUGAUCUCACCGCCAAAAAACUGAUAAGUUAUGAUCUAGAGAAGUCAUCUGAGAAUCUAAGAGAGAACUUUGAUGAUUUUAUGAUGGGUUUAGUUUCAAUCCCUCUUGCGAUUCCAGGAACCGCACAUCACAAGUGUCUAAAGGGAAGAAAGAAGGUGAUGAAGGUGCUCAAGAACAUGCUAGAGGAAAGACGCGCUAAACCUAAUGAGGCGAACACCGAUUUCUUUGAUUAUGUUCUUGAGGAACUCAAGAAAGAUGAUACAAUCCUUACAGAAGAGAUUGCCCUGGACUUGAUGUUUUUGCUUUUGUUUGCAAGCUUUGAAACAACUUCGCUUGCGGUUAUAGUUGCUAUCAAGCUUCUAACGGACAACCCUCGGGCAUUAAAGGAAUUAACCGAAGAACAUGAGAAAAUCCUCAGAGAUCGGGAAAACCCCGUGUCUGGGCUUACGUGGAAAGAAUAUAAGUCGAUGACAUUCACAUUUCAGGUUAUAAAUGAAACACUAAGACUGGGGAAUGUAGUUCCUGCAUUGUUUAGAAAAGCUCUAAAAGAUGUCAAGUUCAAAGGCUAUACAAUUCCAUCUGGCUGGGUGGUGAUAGUAUGUCCCCCGGCCGUUCAUUUAAACCAUGAGAAUUAUGCGGAUCCACUUGACUUUAAUCCAUGGCGAUGGAAGGAUUUGGAUUUGACAGGUGCAUCACAGAAUUUCAUGGCUUUUGGAGGUGGCCUAAGGUUUUGUUCUGGUGCAGAUUUCGCUAGACUUGAGAUGGCUAUCUUUCUUCAUUGUAUAGUGACACGAUAUCGGUGGCAACUAGUGAAAGGAGGUGGAAUCGUUCGAACUCCAGGUUUACAAUUUCCAGAUGGCUUUUAUGUCCGUUUUUCCAAGAAAGAUAAGCAUAACUAAUCAAUCCGACAAGCCUUAGCUAAUGAAGUUUGGGUAUAUACU